AUGGAUGCACUCAAGAAGAGCAGUAGUCGACGUCUGUCGAAGCGGAAAAAAGAUGACGAUAAUGACCGAGUUCUCAUUGGUACCCGUAUUGGUGAAGAUCAUGUUAACUAUGUACUCAUGUACAAUAUGUUGACGGGUAUCCGAGUGAGCGUUUCACGGUGUCAGGCAAAGGUUCAACGGCCUCUGGUGGACGAGGAUUUUACUUCAGCACACAAGUUGGCAUUUGACAUUACUGGUAACGAAUUGACGCCGUCCUCCAAAUAUGACUUCAAAUUUAAGGAUUAUGCUCCUUGGGUUUUCCGUAAUUUGCGAGAGGACUUUCAUAUCGAUGCCUCUGACUAUCUGGUUUCUUUGACCAGCAAGUACAUCCUCUCAGAGUUGGGAUCCCCAGGAAAGAGCGGCAGUUUCUUUUACUUUUCUCAGGACUACCGCUUUAUCAUCAAGACUAUCCAUCAUGCUGAACACAAGUUUAUGCGCAAGAUUCUCAAGGACUACUUUAAUCAUGUCAAACAAAAUCCACACACUCUUUUGUGUCGAUUCUUUGGCUUGCAUCGUGUAAAGCUUCCUCAUGGGCGCAAAAUUCACUUUGUGGUCAUGGGUAAUGUCUUCCCGCCCAACAGAGAUAUCCACGAGACAUACGACUUGAAGGGUUCGACUUUAGGACGAGCCAUCAGUGAUGAGGAACUCAACAACAAUCCUCGUGCAACCCAAAAGGACCUUAACUGGGUCAACCGUAAUCGUAAACUGGAAUUGGGGCCAGAGAAGCGACACUUGUUUGUAGAACAAAUGAAACGGGACGUGGAGUUGUUAGCCAGGCUUAAUAUUAUGGACUAUAGUUUGUUGAUUGGUAUCCAUGAUAUCGAGCGUGGUAAUAAGGACAAUAUCCGAGACAAUACCCUGAAAGUUUUCCAUCCGGAUACGACCAAGAAGUUGGCUCGGGAGCCUUCACGGAGAGAUAAACGGGAGAGUAAAGUUAAUGCUUUGAGGAUGGCAGUCAAAGAGUCAGACCCAGUGGCCAUUGGACCAUCAGCAUUGCCGUCGAAUGCUUUCUCAGAACGAAGUCAUUGUAUAUUUUAUGCGGAUGAUGGAGGAUUGUUAUCAACCAACGAACAGAACGAACGAGGUGAAGAUCUAUAUUACCUUGGUGUCAUUGACAUUUUGACGCCUUACAAUUAUGUCAAGAAGGUUGAGCAUUAUUGGAAGAGUCUGAGCCAGGAUAAGCACCAAAUAUCAGCUGUUAAUCCCAAGGAAUAUGCUCAGCGCUUCUUGAGCUUCAUGAUCCACGCAAUCAAGGUUAACGACGAUGUAAUGCCUGUCCUCGAGCGGAAUGCUCAUCCUCAUUCAGAAUAA